GCGGGGUUUGUUCCGUGCACCAGCCGCUGAGCCCAGGACGCGCGCACGCUGCUGCUCGUUCUUUGUCCUCCAUUGCAGCUGGUGUUCACAGCUCCGCCGCACAGCGCAGGCCCGAAGUAGCGCAGCCGCUCUGAGUGUGUUUGAGAGAAGCUGUAUUGGGUGAUGGAAGACCACAUGGUGCAUCAGACAGAGCACAUGACCACUAUCGAGGCCCACGCCGUCACUCAGCAGGUCGGGCAGGUGCACGUUGCCACGUACACGGAGCAUGGCAUGCUGAGCGCUGACGAGGAUUCACCAUCCUCGCCUGAUGAUGACGCUUACGAUGACUCUGACAUCCUCAACUCGACUGGAACCGAUGAGGUCACCGCACAUCUGGCUGCUGCAGGGCCUGUUGGCAUGGCAGCAGCUGCAGCUGUGGCAACAGGGAAGAAACGGAAACGGCCGCACAUCUUUGAAUCAAACCCUUCAAUCCGUAAAAGACAACAGACUCGCUUGCUUAGGAAGCUGAGAGCGACUCUAGAUGAGUACACGACACGGGUUGGCCAGCAGGCUAUUGUGUUGUGCAUCUCUCCCUCUAAACCAAACCCUGUGUUUAGAGUAUUUGGAGCGGCACCAUUAGAGAACGUGGUGAGAAAAUACAAGAGCAUGAUUCUGGAGGAUCUGGAAAAUGCUCUGGCUGAACACGCGCCCCUUGGUGGCAGAGAACUCAGCUCCGAACUGCCUCCACUGACUAUUGACGGCAUACCGGUAUCUGUGGACAAAAUGACACAGGCCCAGCUCCGAGCGUUCAUUCCAGAAAUGCUGAAGUAUUCCACAGGCCGUGGGAAGCCUGGCUGGGGGAAAGAGAGCUGCAAGCCCAUCUGGUGGCCGGAGGACAUUCCCUGGGCCAACGUACGCAGUGAUGUCCGAACAGAGGAGCAGAAACAGAGGGUGUCAUGGACGCAAGCCCUGAGGACUAUUGUUAAAAACUGUUAUAAGCAGCAUGGGAGAGAGGACCUGCUCUAUGCCUUUGAGGACCAGAUCACCACACAACAAGUUGCCACAACAACCACUCACAGCAUUGCGCACCUGGUGCCGUCACAGACCGUAGUGCAGACGAUCAGUAAUCCUGAUGGAACCGUCUCGCUCAUACAGGUUGGCACCGGAGCCACGGUAGCAACACUGGCAGAUGCGUCAGAAUUGCCAGGCACGGUGACGGUGGCCCAGGUGAAUUACUCCACAGUGACAGAUGGAGAGGUGGAACAGAAUUGGGCCACACUACAGGGAGGCGAGAUGACCAUCCAGACCACGCAACCGUCGGAGGCCACGCAGGCUGUGGCCUCCUUAGCCGAAGCUGCGGUUGCUGCCUCGCAAGAGAUGCAGCAGGGGGCAACUGUUACCAUGGCACUCAACAGUGAAGCAGCAGCUCACGCAGUGGCGACAUUAGCAGAAGCGACUCUUCAGGGCGGAGGACAGAUCGUGUUAGCAGGAGAAACGGCGGCUGCAGUAGGAGCUUUAACUGGCGUUUCGGAUGGCAGUGGUCUCGUCCAGAUUCCAGUCAGCAUGUAUCAGACUGUCGUCACCAGUUUGGCCCAGGGAAAUCGACCCGUUCAGGUGGCCAUGGCUCCCAUAACCACGCGCAUCGACAACACCGUAACGCUUGACGGGCAGGCGGUGGAAGUGGUGACCCUAGAACAGUGACAUACUCUACCCCUGCAGGUGUGUGGGACAGGACAUUCGGCGCCUAUGUGAAGUAGCUGCUGGAAUAUAAUGUAAAAAUCAUAUUUGAACCUGUUCACAUGUCUGCAGGGGGUUGGAAAGUUUAGUUUUUUUCCUGUCGUUUUUUUUUUGUUCUUUUACAUUGUACAC